AUGGGGAAUGCAGCAGUUGCAAUCACAUCUUCAGUCGCGGGAACUGCGACAGUAGUAGUAAUGAUCGCCCUCAUCAGAAGAUGCCGCGUCGUGAGGAAGAAGAUGAAGAAGAAAAUCGUAAAGAAAGUAUUGGAGGAGCUUGACCGAAAAGACCGCCAGGCUCAGUCCUGCAUCGCCGUGGAAGAUGUGGUGGUCGAAAUCGGCCCCGUGGAGAAGUUCCUCAACGAGAUCCUCAACGAGAAGCCGAUGCGUUUCAGCUCCGAGCAGCUGGCGGUCUACACCAAGAACUACUCGUGCGAACUGGGGUCCGGAGGCUACGGCGUGGUCUACAAGGGUGAGCUGCCGAACGGCCUGCCGGUGGCCGCGAAGGUCCUGAAGGUGUCCAUGAACAAGAAGGUUCAAGAGGCGUUCAUGGCGGAGAUCGGCACCAUAGGCCGGACGUACCACGUGCACCUCGUUCGCCUCUACGGCUUCUGCUUCGACGCGAACACGAAGGCCCUAGUCUACGAGUACUUGGAGAACGGCUCACUCGAGAAAUACCUUUACGGCGAUCAGGAGGGCAGCACAGCCACGAGGCUGGAGUGGGGGACACUGCACGGUAUCGCCGUCGGCACGGCGAAGGGGAUCAGGUACCUGCACGAGGAGUGCCAGCAGCGGAUCGUGCACUACGACAUCAAGCCGGCGAACAUUCUUCUCACGGCCAACUACACCCCGAAGGUGGCCGACUUCGGGCUCGCACGGCUGGGCGAGCGCGAGAACACGCACAUGUCGCUGACCGGCGGCGGCCGCGGGACGCCCGGGUACGCGGCGCCGGAGCUGUGGAUGGCGCUGCCGGCGUCGGAGAAGUGCGACGUGUACAGCUUCGGGAUGGUGCUGUUCGAGAUCCUGGGGCGGCGCCGGAACUACGACCCCGGCCACGGCGAAAGCAAGGAGUGGUUCCCGAGGUGGGCGUGGGAGAAGUACGAGCAGGGGGAGAUCGAGGACGUCGUGUCCUGCGACGGGAUCGUCGGAGAGGCGGACAGAGAGAAGGCGGAGAUGAUGUGCAAGGUGGCGUUGUGGUGCGUGCAGUUUCAGCCGUCGGCACGGCCGACGAUGAGCAGCGUGGUGCGGAUGCUGGAGGGUGAGAUGGCCAUUGUCCCGCCCGUGAACCCCUUCCGUUAUAUCAUGGAAAGCAGCGGUGGCUCAACUAGCUCGGGAUUGUGGAGCGGCACAUACCAGAGCAGUAGAGACACCACUGCUAGAGACAACUCUAAUCAAGCUUACGGCCCCAGAAGCGUCAUAGACAUGGGGAAUGCAGUUGCAAUCAUAUCCACAAUCAUCGUGAGCAAGAAGAUGAAGAAGAAAAUCGUAAAGAAAGUCCUGGAGGAGAUUGAGAAAAAGAACCGUGAGAGUGAGAUGCAAACCAGCAACGCCGUGGAAGAUGUGGUGAUCGAGGUCGGGCCAGUUGAGACGUUCCUCAACCAGAUCCUCAACGAGAAGCCGAUGCGUUUCAGCUCCGAGCAGCUGGCGGCCUGCACCCGGAACUACUCGUUAGAGCUGGGGUCUGGCGGCUACGGCGUGGUCUACAAGGGUGAGCUGCCGAACGGCCUGCCGGUGGCCGUGAAGGUCCUGAAGGUGUCCAUGAACAAGAAGGUUCAAGAGGCGUUCAUGGCGGAGAUCGGCACCAUAGGCCGGACGUACCACGUGCACCUCGUUCGCCUCUACGGCUUCUGCUUCGACGCGAACACGAAGGCCCUAGUCUACGAGUACUUGGAGAACGGCUCACUCGAGAAAUACCUUUACGGCGAUCAGGAGGGCAGCACAGCCACGAGGCUGGAGUGGGGGACACUGCACGGUAUCGCCGUCGGCACGGCGAAGGGGAUCAGGUACCUGCACGAGGAGUGCCAGCAGCGGAUCGUGCACUACGACAUCAAGCCGGCGAACAUUCUUCUCACGGCCGACUACACCCCGAAGGUGGCAGACUUCGGGCUCGCACGGCUGGGCGAGCGCGAGAACACGCACAUGUCGCUGACCGGCGGCGGCCGCGGGACGCCCGGGUACGCGGCGCCGGAGCUGUGGAUGGCGCUGCCGGCGUCGGAGAAGUGCGACGUGUACAGCUUCGGGAUGGUGCUGUUCGAGAUCCUGGGGCGGCGCCGGAACUACGACCCCGGCCACGGCGAAAGCAAGGAGUGGUUCCCGAGGUGGGCGUGGGAGAAGUACGAGCAGGGGGAGAUCGAGGACGUCGUGUCCUGCGACGGGAUCGUCGGAGAGGCGGACAGAGAGAAGGCGGAGAUGAUGUGCAAGGUGGCGUUGUGGUGCGUGCAGUUUCAGCCGUCGGCACGGCCGACGAUGAGCAGCGUGGUGCGGAUGCUGGAGGGGGAGAUGGCCAUUGUCUCGCCCGUGAACCCCUUCCAUUAUGUCAUGGAAAGCAGCGGUGGCUCAACUAGCUCGGGAUUGUGGAGCGGCACAUACCAGAGCAGUAGAGACACCACUGCUAGAGACAGUGAGAUAUCGGUUAGCCCUAUUGUCAAGUCGACUUGA